UCUGCAUUGACAACGACAAGAGCUCAUGUCCAUACUCCAUGGCACGUCCAAGAGCUCACUCGGGCGCUGAUGGCCCAAAAGAACCUCAUGCAAUCUCUUUAAAAGUAUUGCGGCUCUCACGGCCCUCAUUCUCGCAUCAGUUCCCGCUUCCUAGAGCAAAUACGAAGAUCUCACCCAAAGCAUCAUUAAGUUACCCUUCCAACGAGACGGACGGUCAAUUCAUCAUCAGUCCCAAUCUUACGCUUCCGCCCGCCUUUGGAUCUGCCUACGUUGGCGAAACCUUUGCCUGUACCCUCAGCGCGAAUAAUGAGCUCCCAGAAGAUGAGGGCUUACGAGUUGUCACGUCUGUCCGUAUUGUUGCGGAAAUGCAGACGCCUUCACAGGUAGUAUCGUUAGAACUUGAGCCGGCGGGCGACCCGACCCAAACGGAAGGCUUGCAGAGGGGACAGUCGCUCCAGAAGAUUGUCCGUUUUGACUUGAAGGAGGAGGGCAACCACAUCCUGGCUGUGAGUGUCAGCUAUACGGAGACCCUCAUGGGUCGCGAUUCCCAGGCUGCAAGUGGGAGAGUCAGAACAUUCAGGAAAUUGUACCAGUUCGUUGCCCAGCCCUGUCUCAGCGUCCGGACGAAGACGUCAGAGCUGUCACCUAUGGAAGUGGAUAACAAGUCAUUGGGUCCUUAUGGGAAAACGCGACUCCUUCGCUUUGCUCUUGAGGCGCAGCUUGAGAAUGUCGGGGAUGAUGCUGUAGUUGUGGAGCAAACCAGAUUAAAUCCCAGGCCUCCAUUCAAGUCUCAGUCAUUGAACUGGGAUUUUGAGGAGCCGGGCAGGCCUAAUGCACCGCCUCCUACGCUGAACCCGCGAGAUGUCCUCCAGGUUGCAUUCCUUGUUGAACAGGAAGAAGGUCAGCAGGAUGGUCUUGAGGCUCUCCAGAAGGACAUGCGUCGCGAUGGUCGGGCUGUCCUUGGACAGCUGUCGAUUGAAUGGCGAGGCGUUAUGGGUGAUCGAGGGUUUCUUACUACCGGCAACCUUCUCACCCGGAAGCGAGCGUGAGAGGAUAACACCAAAGGACACAACAGAAUACCGGAUGGGAUAGAGUGACACGGCCAUCAUGCAACCAAGAGAUGUGUCUGGGGAGUAAGACUACUUGAUCAUACAGCGCUGACCUUGUCGACCAUUUGUGGGGGCACUGAUAACUCCCCUCGUGCAAGUCAGCAACAUUGUUCGGCAGCAAGUUCGACGUUACAUUUUCUAUAGGCCCCUGCAGGUCCGUGUAAACUCGGAGAUGCGGCAGCCAGUCAGUCUCUACUCCACAUUCUGACGCGUCACACGUCAUGCUACAUGUGCAACAAACAUGCAGCUGAUUUUCUAGAGGCAUUAUGGCCUUCUUUUCCACUUUGGUGCUCACCAGGUGCUCGGAGUAUGCUUUGAUCUACUCUGUGAGCCAACGACAGCUAGGAGAGCAUAGUGAGUGGCCUAAGUAGUAUAAUCUCAAUAAAUGAAUAAAUACCGGGGGGUUCGCCAUGUCGUCAUUUUAGAUUGUUCCUCGGUAAAAGUCUAUUUCGUUAAUGCAAUA